AUGACCUCUCAGACCCCUUCUCAUGCACCCAUUGAGAAUAAGGAGUCAACGAUAUUUAGCGAAUCAAUAGAAAUUGGUCACUCCACUCCAUUAUCAGAUGAUUUCCAAAUCACAAAUCACUCCCCCAGCACCGGCACCGGCUCUGCUCCACCACCUCCACCACCACCUCCUCCCCCCAUUUUCUCCAGACCGUUCACUCCCGCAAAGUUACCACCCACUCCAUUUCCCCCACCCAUAGGUCCCCCAAAUACCUUCCUCAUCGAACUCCUCACCUACAACGGCCACCCCUACAAAGACCACUGGGCCUAUUUCAUCCGCUCUCCCUCCCACCCCUCCAUCGGCGUUCGUCUCCACGCCACCGGAGAUGUAAGGAAUGGAUUUCGUUUUGAAAUCCAAUGCAGUUAUAAUUUAUAUACCACUGAGGAUAUUCCUACAAAGAGGAUUCCACUGCAGUGGAUUGAUGGUGGGAGCAUACUAGAUGCCGGGGGAUGUGGGGUGGAUGUGAGUGAGGAUGUGGAUAUGUAUAGAAGAACGGUCUGUGCAUUUGAGAAAAGUAGGUACCCCGGGAAGACGUUAAAUUCUGUGGAAGAUGAGACUUUUGUUUUCUACCCCUUAUCACCCAAACAACUUACUCUGAAUCCACAUCACACAUCUACCAUUCUAACACACCCUGGCUCUCCAAAGACCAACCCCGGCAAAAAAAUCACCCAGAAAGAUUGUCAAUCAUGGCUCGUCGGGGCCGCCGACCACUUAGUGCAGGAUGGGAUUUUCGGUCCCGAGAUCGCGGGUUUCUUCACGCGGUUAGACAGUGAUCUAAUAUCGCACUACUUCAUAGAAUAUCGGACCAUACCUAGAUAG